UCUACUAUAAAUGGUGAUGUCAUCUAUUAGUGUGAUGGUAUUUCUAAACAAAACUUGGCAGGAAAAGCCGUGUGUGUGAUAAAUUCGUUUCGGGGGUUAGUAGCAAACCAUAUAACUUAUAGUAUCAGGAGGGACAUCUAUGACAGACAAAAUGUAAUUCAAGGUUUAUUAAAAUGCAAUUUCAGAAAUAAAAUGGAAGGAAAUAAUCACUAAUAAAAGUCUAUUAUAAGUAUAUGUAUCUGCUUUAGCCAUGUCUGAUAAGGUGAAGUUUCCCAAAAUCAGAAUUCUGUUGGAAGUAAUGGUAUUUAUGUCUGAUAAGGUGAAGUUUCCCAAAACCAGAAUUCUGUUGGAAGUAAUGGUAUUUAUGUCUGAUAAGGUGAAGUUUCCCAAAACCAGAAUUCUGUUGGAAGUAAUGGUAUUUAUGUCUGAUAAGGUGAAGUUUCCCAAAACCAGAAUUCUGUUGGAAGUAAUGGUAUUUAUGUCUGAUAAGGUGAAGCUUCCCAAAAACAGAAUUCUGUUGGAAGUAAUGGUAUUUAUGUCUGAUAAGGUGAAGCUUCCCAAAACCAGAAUUCUGUUGAAAGUAAUGGUAUUUAUGUCUGAUAAGGUGAAGCUUCCCAAAACCAGAAUUCUGUUGAAAGUAAUGGUAUUUAUGUCUGAUAAGGUGAAGCUUCCCAAAACCAGAAUUCUGUUGAAAGUAAUGGUAUUUAUGUCUGAUAAGGUGAAGCUUCCCAAAACCAGAAUUCUGUUGAAAGUAAUGGUAUUUAUGUCUGAUAAGGUGAAGCUUCCCAAAACCAGAAUUCUGUUGAAAGUAAUGGUAUUUAUGUCUGAUAAGGUGAAGCUUCCCAAAACCAGAAUUCUGUUGAAAGUAAUGGUAUUUAUGUCUGAUAAGGUGAAGCUUCCCAAAACCAGAAUUCUGUUGAAAGUAAUGGUAUUUAUGUCUGAUAAGGUGAAGUUCCCCGAAACCAGAAUUCUGUUGAAAGUAAUGGUAUUUAUGUCUGAUAACGUGAAGUUUCCCAAAACCAGAAUUCUGUUGAAAGUAAUGGUAUUUAUGUCUGAUAACGUGAAGUUUCCCAAAACCAGAAUUCUCUUGGGAAGUAAUGGUAUUUAUUAUCAAUACAAAUAUAAUCAGUUUGGUUAAAAAUGCCCAUAAAUACAGAAGUGUUUAUUCUUUCCCCUUGUUCAUCUUGCUGAAGUUAAAAGAGUUCACUCCAUAAAUGUGACAAUGGCAUGAAAAUAUGAUCAUAUUUUAAACAAAAAGUCAUAUAAUCAUACAUAAGUGCAACCUUAAACCCACAAGCUUUCAUAACCUUUGACGUUAAGCAAUCUAAUAAAACAGGCAACCACUUCACCAUUAUUUUUGUUGUAUGGAAGAAUAGGUUUGGCAAAAACUGAGAAAACAUGGAUAAAUAAGAACUAUGAUAAGAGCUGCAUUCAUUUAAUUAAUUUUCAGUAAAACAUUGUGAGUUAUACAUGUACCUUGUUCAUUCUUAUAUCAAAAAAAAGAUAAAUAUUUCAACUUUUUCUUUAAUUUGAGAGACCUACUCAUUAUACAGUAGCUGAGUAAUGAUAGCAAACUGGGUUUUUAUUACAUUUAUUAUUGUUAUGAAGGGCCAUAACUCCCUAAUUAUUAUAAGCAACAGUGAAUUUGUCAAUACCAAACUUGACCUCCAUUUUCCAUCAGUGACAACAUAUUAAAUUUGAAAGGCAUUGGUUGAAUUGUUUUCAACUUCUUGCAUGGAAAUGAAUUAAAAUGCCAUUUUUCAAUUAAUCAAGGACCAUAACUACAUAUUACAAAAUUUAAAAAGCAUUUAAUUUGAUUGAAUCAUUUCAUCAGUUAACACCUAGAAACAGCUGUUGACUUGCCCACCCACUGUCAAGCCCCAAACCAAAAACUCAAAUUCCAUUGGAAAUCCUGGUUAAAAAAGUAACACCCCCAUCCUUCAAAAAAAAAAUGAAAAAAAAUUGAGAGAAAAUGCUGUUGAAAAUUG